AUGACAAGGACCGCGUCCAAAGAGGGUCACGUGGCUGGAGUCAGCGAUGUCCGAGUGCUUGAAGCCCGCAGCGAUGUCCUCCGAGUGUCUUGGGUCGGUGUUCGCGGAGCUACAUCUUACCGUAUCAGCUGGAAACGCAGUGAUGGGGGACCUGAGAUCAGCAGGGUUGUACCUGAAGAUGUAACUACCUUUGAUAUCAUGGAACUGCAAGGCGGAGUUAAUUACCUCGUUAAAGUUGUUGCAUUGAUCAAAAAUCGUGAAGGACCGCCCGUUACCAUCACUGCGACUACUCCUGCUGUUGAACGUCUGCUGGGAACAGUUGGGAAUCUCCGGAUCAUCAGCUCAACCACAAAGCGGAUUCAGAUAGCUUGGAAUGGUGUGCCGGGAAGCUCCGGAUAUAGAAUCUACUGGAGGCUGGCAGACGGUGGCCCAGAGACCAGUCGAUUGGUUACAGCAACCAUCACCACAUUUGAUAUCCUGAAUCUGCAGCCAGGGAUGAGUUACAUCAUCAGGCUCUCGUCCCUUUUUGGCGACCGUGAAGGGACCCCUGUAACAAUCACUGGUGCCACAGCCCAGGCUGAGAAAGUGCAGGGAUUCCGAGUGAUAGAUGUCGGUACAAGCAGGAUGACACUGGGCUGGUAUCGUGUCCCUGGAGCUACAAGCUACAUCCUGUCUUGGAGACUUGCUACCGCUCAAAAAGAACAGCAGUCAGUCACUGUAACAGAAACGACUGCUUCUUACCACAUCACCGACUUACAGCUUGGUAGAGAGUAUAUCUUCACAAUCCGACCAGUGUUUGGAACAGAGUUUGGGCCUGAGACCUCCAUUACCGAAAAGCCUGUGUGUAGCAGAGCACGAGCUGACAUCGUGUUCCUGGUCGAUGGGUCCUGGAGUAUCGGACAGAACAACUUUCAGAAAGUGAAGCAGUUCCUGUACAACGUGGUCUCUCAUCUACCUCGCAUUGGGACUGAUGCGACUCAGGUGUCUGUGGUUCAAUACAGUGAUGAGCCGAAGAUUGAAAUCCCACUUGGUAAACUUGGCACCCACCAGGAGCUGCUCCAAGCCAUUAGAGAACUUCUGUAUCAAGGUGGUGGCACUAAAACAGGCCAAGCGAUCAAUUUUGUCCUGGAUUAUGUAUUUCUGGCCACUGGGAGGCGCCCGCAAGUCCCUGCCUUGCUGGUACUGUUGACAGACGGACUGUCCGAAGACAGGGUUACAGAGGCUGUCAGGAAGGCAGAGGCUGCAGGCAUCCAUCUAUUCGCUGUGGGCGUUGGUGAUGCGGAUAUUAAUGAACUGCAGAGUAUCGUUACCAACAGAGACCCCAAGAACAUUUUCUACGCAGAGAACUUUGACUCACUGGCCCAGUUUGAAGGGGCCCUCGCUGGUGUAAUCUGCAUAGCGGCCAGCAAACCAGAUACAUCCACAGCAGGCCACUGUACUACCCAGUGUCCUAAGGGUGAGAAAGGGGAACCAGGAAGGAAUGGUCAGCCCGGUUUGCCGGGACCUCAAGGUCCUCCUGGUCCACCCGGGCACCCAGGUACCAUAGAUGGAGCCCGUCCAAGUCAGAAGGGUGAGAAAGGAGCUCCGGGAUACCCAGGAAGAGACGGUGGACCAGGAUCGCCAGGAAGGCCAGGAAACCCAGGCUCAUCUGGACAGCCUGGGAAUCCAGGUACACCAGGCUUGCGAGGAGAGCGUGGGGAUAAUGGGAUACCAGGACCAUCUGGACCAGUCGGUCCAAGGGGAGAAAAGGGUGAACCCGGCAGAGUGACCGGAAACGGAGGAGGCUAUCCUGGCAGAAAGGGCGAGCCGGGUAAUCCAGGUAUUCCUGGUCCACCUGGUCUUCCUGGACUGAGGGGUGAAAGUGGAUUUCCUGGCCAAGGAGGACCACGCGGUCCCAUUGGCCCCCCAGGACCUGCUGGGAGGUCUAUCAAGGGAGAAAAGGGAGAGCCAGGUGAGAGAGGGUCGCAAACCUCGCUGGAUGGAGGUGGUCAGAAGGGAGACCCUGGCCGACCAGGAAGUCCUGGUGAGGCUGGUAGCCCUGGACCCAGAGGACCCCCUGGCCCAACAGGACAGAAAGGUGACAAGGGCAACACGGGUGAAGGUUUCGUUGGACCACCAGGCCGUCAAGGAGAACCAGGUGACCGGGGUCCCCGAGGAUCUCAGGGUGAACAGGGAGACAAGGGAGACAGAGGCCAGCCAGGUGAGACUGGUUCCCCAGGACCUCGGGGGGACAGAGGAACACCAGGACCAUCAGGUCUUAAGGGAGAUCGAGGACAACCCGGGCUGCCUGGUGUGCUGGGAUCAGCUGGAUUACCAGGUCUCAAUGGUCCCAAAGGUGAAAAGGGAAAUGAGGGGAGACAGGGAGAACCAGGUCGGUCUAUCACUGGCCCCUCGGGAAGUAAAGGUGACCAGGGUGAACGAGGACCCCCAGGAAUCUCAGGCGAGAAGGGAACAAAGGGAGACCCAGCAGAGAAGGGCAAUAAGGGCGAACCCGGGUACGGUAUCCCAGGGCAACCAGGGCCCAAAGGCGAUCCAGGUGACAGAGGGAAUAUUGGGCUCUCUGGGAGACCAGGAGAAAAGGGGGAUCGGGGAACAAGUGGAGAGAAAGGAGAGCCUGGCAAAACAGGGCCACCUGGACUGAAUGGAUUCCGAGGGAAAGAGGGUGAAAAGGGGAUCAAGGGAGAUGAAGGGACGCCGGGAGAGACUGGAUUACCAGGCCGGACUGGAGAGAGAGGACUUCGAGGUUUCCCUGGAACUGACGGCAGACCUGGUACAAAGGGCGAUGCUGGUGAAACAGGCCAAUCGGGGAGAGAUGGAUUAAGGGGUCCUGCAGGUCCCAAAGGAGAACAAGGCGAUAAAGGAGCACUCGGACCUCCAGGACCUCCAGGGCCUCCAGGAAAACUGAUUGAUCUGGAAGAUAGGAUGCCAGGCGUUAAAGGAGAGAAGGGUGAUCCCGGCAAGCCUGGUGAAUCUGGAUUGAGGGGUCUACGAGGAGAGACUGGUCUCCCAGGUCCAGCUGGUGGUCGAGGUUUGGAAGGUCAAAGAGGUCCCCCAGGGCCACAGGGAGACCAAGGUCCAAGAGGAUUCCCUGGAGAAAAGGGUGACCGAGGGCCCCCUGGGCUGGAUGGCAGGAAUGGAGUAGAUGGGAAGAAUGGUCCACCUGGGCCCCCUGGGUUGAGGGGUGAGCAGGGGAAACAAGGAGAACCCGGCAGAGAUGGUUUGCCUGGCCUGAGAGGAGAGCAAGGACCCCCAGGAGCAGCAGGUCCCCCAGGCCUUUCAGGGAUUCCAGGAAAACCAGGGGAUGAUGGGAAACCAGGACAUCCUGGAAAGAACGGAGAAGACGGGAUUCCAGGAGAGAAUGGAAAGAAAGGUGAAAAAGGUGACCCAGGAAACCCUGCGAGAGACGGACGAGAUGGUGCUAAAGGUGAACGUGGAGACACUGGGCUGCCGGGACUUAUCGGCGCACCUGGGCUCCCAGGUGUGACUGGACUUCCAGGACCCCCUGGGCAGGUCGUAUUUUUCAAAGGGCUUGAAACAUUUGCUUCAAAACCAGGACCACAAGGGCCAUCAGGAACUCCGGGAAUACCGGGUAUCCCAGGAGCUUCAGGUUCACGUGGAGAGAAAGGAGACGUAGGUGCUAAAGGUCAGAAAGGUGAAAAUGGUUUGGAUGGGCAGCCUGGAACACCAGGGACAUCUGCUAAUGUGGAAGAUGCCCUAUCAAAAUUUGGUCUUAGGAUUUCGAUCCUGCAGGAUGUGGUGAAGAAGUGUGACCAUCUCCAAAUUCCCUCAGCUUCAGAGAAGGGGGACAAGGGGGAGAAAGGAGAUCAGGGUGAAAGAGGCCAAUCGGGGACUCAGGGAAACCAAGGGUCUCCUGGUGAAAGAGGAUUUAAAGGGGACAAAGGAAGUCAAGGUUUUCCGGGGCCUCAGGGACCACCAGGCCUUGCAGUGUCAGAACGAGGCCCUGAAGGUCCUCCAGGUAAACCUGGUGAACCAGGAAGACCGGGUAUCCCAGGACUACCAGGCCGGGCUGGAGAAAAAGGAGAGACUGCACGUCCUGGAGAAAGGGGUGACAAAGGGACAAAAGGUGACCAAGGAGACCCUGGGCGAGAUGGUCCACAAGGCCCAAGAGGUCUUCCAGGUCCUGCGGCCAAAAUGCCAGAAAUAAGCGUUGGUGAUCCUGGGGUAAGAGGACUUCCAGGGCCACAAGGAACGAAGGGGGAUAGUGGACCAGCAGGACCAGUUGGACCUAAAGGAGAUAAGGGAGACGUUGGAACAAAGGGAGACCGAGGUGAAAGAGGUGAAGUGGGCGAGAAAGGCAGGGAUGGCUCGCCGGGGAACCCAGGGGAACCAGGCUCACCAGGACUAGAAGGAAAGCCAGGAUUACCAGGCUUCCCUGGAGUACUAGGUCGGCCGGGUAACCCAGGAGAAUCUGGCCCACAAGGCCCUCAGGGUCCACAGGGUCCCCCCGGUCCACCUGGAGUGAAGGGUAACCAAGGCGAUCAAGGCUUGAGCAUUCAAGGCCCAGCUGGUCCUCCUGGUAACAUGGGACUUCCAGGGAAUUCAGGUGCUCCUGGAGCUGUGGGUCCUCCGGGAGCCCCUGGGUUACCAGGACAAGUGGGAGAACCUGGGAAACCAGGAGUGCCGGGGAGAGAUGGAAUUCCAGGACAAGACGGAGAUAAGGGAUUUCCUGGGGAAAAGGGAACUCCAGGAAUUCCGGGUGCUUUUGGGCCCAAGGGGGCAACAGGACCCCCUGGAGAGUCAAUUGUUGGAAUUCCUGGAGCAAAGGGAGAAAAGGGAACGCCUGGAUUGGUGAUGUCUGGAGUCAUGGGACAAAGAGGCCUGAAGGGAGAUGCAGGUAUGAAAGGAGACAAAGGUGCAGCAGGUGCGAAAGGAGAGAAGGGUGAACUGGGUGAACCUGGAGAGCCAGGACAAGAUGGUUUUAAAGGGUUGACUGGAGAGAAAGGAAAUAAGGGUCAUGCAGGUGUUGGAUUACCAGGUCUAGCAGGACAACCUGGGCCUCCAGGACUUAAGGGUGACCCCGGUUUCCCAGGACCACCUGGCCCUCCAGGUCAGCAAGGGCCCAUCGGCAACUCAGGACAGCCAGGCCUAAGAGGGGAAGUUGGACUACCUGGGCCACAGGGACCAGCAGCAGAGAGGGGCUCUCCUGGAUUCCCAGGGAGAGAUGGAGCCACCGGUACACCAGGCCCCCCCGGAGUUCCAGGAUUACAGGGUUUGCCAGGACCAGCUGGGUUACAAGGUGUCAAGGGUGAAACUGGGGCAGGAGUGCCUGGACCAAGGGGAGAAAGAGGAGAUCCAGGAUCCAGGGGUGAAGAUGGAAGACCAGGCUUGCCAGGAGAACGAGGACUAGCAGGACCUCCCGGUAGUCGUGGAGAAACUGGACUCAAAGGUGAUACUGGACUAGUUGGACAGAAAGGAGAGAAGGGUGAAGCAACGCCUCUCCUGGGAGCCCCUGGAAUCAAAGGAAUCAAAGGAGAGUUUGGGGAGCGUGGCCAGAAAGGAAAUGAAGGACCUAAAGGAGUGAAAGGGGAAGAAGGACCACGGGGGGAGAAGGGACCCAAAGGUGAACAAGGAGACAAAGGCUCGAUGGGCUUCCCAGGAGCCAGAGGCCCUGGUGGACAGAAGGGUGAGGCAGGUGAUUCGGGACAACCAGGGAAACCGGGAAUACCAGGAAAGGAUGGCAUCGAUGGAGUGAAAGGAAACCAUGGCGAGAGGGGAGAAGUGGGGCCUAAAGGUUUCAAAGGUGACAAAGGGGUGAAAGGCACCUGUGGUGUUGAUGGACAGAAAGGAAGCAAGGGUGACCCUGGCAUUCCUGGGAGACUCGGAUUCCCUGGCAAAAAGGGAGAACAGGGUGAACCUGGUGUUGCUGGUCCCCCAGGUCUCUCUGGGAAAGAAGGGCUCAUUGGACCCAAGGGUGACCGAGGGUUCACUGGACUCCAGGGACAAAAAGGAGAACGAGGAGAGAAAGGAGAGCGGGGCAUUCCUGGUGUUGCUGGUCCCCCUGGCCUGCGAGGACUCGAUGGGGUGACAGGUCUACCUGGACCUCUGGGCUCAGCAGGUCCCAGGGGACCUGAAGGGAUUCAGGGUCAAAAGGGUGAAAGAGGACCUCCCGGUGAGAGCGUCCCGGGUCCAAGAGGAAUUCCAGGAGUCCCUGGGGAGAGAGGAGAUCCAGGUGAGAUGGGCCCUGACGGUCCAAAAGGAGACCAGGGAAAUCCAGGAAUGACGGAGGACCAAAUCCGUGCAUAUGUGCGGCAAGAGAUGAGCGAACACUGCGCAUGCGGAGGUUUCUCGUCACACUCACCAUCUUAUUCCCGCCAAAUCCCUGUUUUAAAGAUCUCACAUGAGGAGGACUAUGAUGGUGCCAAUGGGAAGGAACUGAGAGUGGUGGUAAAUGGCAAUGACCCAGACUACGAGCAUUUCUAUACAGUGGAAAGCUACAAUGAACCAACAGAAGAUGACAGACUGGAACAGUUCCAAAGCACGGAGAUGAUGCGCGAUAAAGUAGACUCCACAGCUGCACCACAACAGGAAAGGUAUAGAAGAGAAGCCUCCGCACAAGACCCCUGUCUGUUACCCCUGGAUGAAGGAACCUGCUCCAGGUACACACUGCGUUGGUACUACCACAGGAAGACUGACAAGUGCCGACCCUUCAUCUACAGCGGCUGUAAUGGUAACACAAACCGCUUCCAGACACAGGAGGAUUGUGAACAGAGGUGCAAGAGCAACAAAGAACCGAGUCAGGAAGGAACAAGCUGAAUAAAACAGCAAGAAAAGUCAAGAAGAUGUAAAUUUUAAUCUUAAGGGCUGGGCAAGGACAAGGGAGGUGGGCAGGCAGGGUGGUUUUUUUAAAAAAAAGAUGG